GCGUUUGAAAGCCCCAGAGGAUACAAGCAGUAACGAACGUAACGGUUAAACGUACUCGAUUGUCAGAUCAUUUUAACGUAAUCUUCGUGCUUCACAACCUCGAAAAGAAUGCGUGAGUGUAUCUCAAUCCACGUGGGUCAGGCUGGUGUCCAGAUUGGCAAUGCCUGCUGGGAGCUUUACUGCCUAGAACAUGGGAUUCAACCUGAUGGUCAAAUGCCGAGUGACAAGACCAUUGGAGAAGGGGAUGAUUCCUUCAACACAUUCUUCAGUGAGACUGGAGCUGGAAAGCAUGUCCCCAGAGCUGUUUUUGUGGAUCUGGAGCCCACUGUCAUCGAUGAGGUGCGCACUGGGACCUACCGGCAGCUGUUCCACCCUGAGCAGCUGAUCACUGGCAAGGAGGAUGCUGCCAACAACUACGCCCGUGGACACUACACCAUUGGCAAAGAGAUAAUUGACCUGGUGCUGGACAGGAUCCGUAAAUUGGCUGACCAGUGCACUGGUCUUCAGGGAUUCCUGGUUUUCCACAGCUUUGGAGGUGGUACCGGCUCGGGCUUCACCUCCCUGCUGAUGGAGCGUUUGUCUGUAGACUACGGCAAGAAGUCCAAGCUGGAGUUCUCCAUCUACCCAGCUCCCCAGGUGUCCACUGCUGUGGUGGAGCCUUACAACUCCAUCCUGACCACACACACCACCCUAGAGCACUCUGACUGUGCCUUCAUGGUGGAUAAUGAGGCCAUCUAUGAUAUCUGUCGCAGGAACCUGGACAUCGAGCGUCCUACCUACACCAACCUGAACAGGCUGAUGAGUCAGAUUGUGUCCUCCAUUACUGCUUCCCUUCGUUUUGACGGUGCCCUUAAUGUUGAUCUUACAGAGUUUCAGACCAACUUGGUGCCAUAUCCCCGUAUCCACUUCCCUCUUGCCACCUAUGCCCCUGUCAUCUCCGCUGAGAAGGCGUACCAUGAGCAGUUGACAGUGGCAGAAAUUACCAACGCCUGCUUUGAGCCAUCCAAUCAGAUGGUAAAAUGCGACCCUCGCCACGGCAAAUACAUGGCCUGCUGCCUUUUGUACCGUGGCGAUGUGGUCCCCAAAGAUGUCAACGCUGCCAUUUGCAGUAUUAAGACCAAGCGCACCAUCCAGUUUGUGGACUGGUGUCCCACUGGUUUCAAGGUCGGCAUCAACUACCAGCCCCCCACUGUAGUUCCUGGUGGAGACCUGGCCAAGGUCCAGAGGGCUGUGUGCAUGCUGAGCAACACCACUGCUAUUGCAGAGGCCUGGGCUCGGCUUGACCACAAGUUUGAUUUGAUGUACGCUAAGCGUGCCUUUGUCCACUGGUAUGUAGGUGAGGGUAUGGAGGAGGGAGAGUUCUCUGAGGCCAGAGAGGACAUGGCAGCUCUGGAGAAGGAUUAUGAGGAGGUUGGACUUGACUCUGUUGAGGGUGAGGGAGAGGGAGAGAACGAGGGGGAGUAUUAGAAAGCUCAGAAAGCUGCCAGUUAUACAGAACAAACACACAUAUUUUGUUAUGAAAUACAUUAAUGUUUUUUUUGUGAAAUGCCAUUUUGGCUAGGUUCCUAUGUUCCUGUUACACAAAGUAUUUUAAAAAAAAAAAAAAAAAAGGAAUGAGGAAGUUGGACUGGACUGUUAUGGGUGAGGGAGGAAAGUAAGUGACUUAACAGCCCUUGUGAAGCUGAAGAUGAUUCAAGUUUUUUUUCUAAAAUGCAUUCCAAAAACUAAUGUUAAUCUAUCAAAUAUACAAUUUGUUCAUAAUAAAAAAAUACUGGCAGUGUUCUGAAUAAAGUUCCUGUGACAUACAAAGCUG